GUUGGAGUCCUGACCUCAGUGCACCUGCUCCGGCCUUCUCUUCUUCUUCUCUGGACCCAGCGGUCCUCCACUCUUCUUCUUCUUCUUCUUCUUCUCCUUCCUGGUGAGUAGACAUGCCUCCAGCGGCGGGCGGGCCGGUGGGCUACACCCCUCCCGAGGGUGGCUGGGGCUGGGCGGUGGUGGUCGGCGCCUUCAUCUCCAUCGGCUUCUCCUACGCCUUCCCCAAGUCCAUCACCGUGUUCUUCAAAGAGAUAGAGGUCAUCUUCGAUGCCACGCCCAGCCAGGUGUCCUGGAUCUCCUCCAUCAUGCUGGCUGUGAUGUACGCUGGAGGUCCAUUAAGCAGCAUCCUCGUGAACAAGUUUGGCAGUCGACCAAUCAUCUUGGUCGGUGGCUGCCUGGCGGGGUCGGGACUCAUCUCGGCGUCCUUCUGCAACACCGUGGAGCAGCUCUACUUCUUCAUCGGAGUGGUGGGAGGGUUAGGACUGGCGUUCAACUUGAAUCCAGCCCUCACUAUGAUCGGUAAAUACUUCUACCAUCGCCGUCCCAUCGCCAACGGCAUCGCCAUGGCGGGCAGCCCCGUGUUCCUGUCCACGCUGGCACCUCUUAACUCGUGGCUGUACGAUGAGUUCGGGUGGCGAGGCAGCUUCCUGAUCCUGGGAGGACUCCUGUUCAACUGCUGCGUGGCCGGAUCCCUCAUGCGCCCCAUCGGACCCAAACCUCAGCCCGCCAAGCCCGACACGGAGGCGGGCGAGGCCAAGGCGGUGGAGGUGGCGCCUAAGAAGACGGUCCUGCAGACCAUCAACUCCUUCAUCGACCUGACGCUGUUCAAACACCGCGGCUUCCUGCUCUACCUGAUGGGCAACGUCAUCAUGUUCUUCGGCCUCUUCGCGCCGCUCGUCUUCCUCUCUAACUACGCCAAGAGUAAAGACAUCAGCAAAGAGAAAGCCGCCUUACUGCUGUCCAUUCUGGCGUUCGUCGACAUGUUCGCCCGGCCCUCCAUGGGCAUGCUGGCCAACACCAAGUGGGUCCGGCCCAGGAUUCAGUACUUCUUCGCCGCCGCCGUCCUCUACAACGGAGUGUGUCACGUGCUGGCGCCGCUGUCGGUGGACUACACCGGAUUCGUGGUGUACGCCAUCUUCUUUGGUUUCGCUUUUGGCUGGCUGAGUUCGGUGCUGUUUGAGACGCUGAUGGACCUGGUGGGAGCUCAGAGGUUCUCCUCGGCCGUGGGUCUGGUCACCAUAGUGGAGUGUGGGCCGGUUCUGUUGGGCCCGCCGCUAACAGGUAGUUUCUAUAACUACUACCACCACUACGACUACACCUACGUGUCCUCUGGCAUCAUCCUGAUGGUGUCCAGUGUGGUCCUCUUCCUGGGGAUGGGCAUCAACUACCGGCUGCUGGCCAAGGAGAAGAGAGAGCAGGAGAAGAGAGAGAGGGAGGAGCCCAAAGAGGAGCGCACCGCCAUGUUGGCGCCUCCCUCACCCUCCAAAUCAGACGAGGAGGCGGAGGGGGACAAAGUACCGACUGCCGUCCCGCUGGAAGACGUCGCCAAGAUGGACGAGGACACGGUGUAGAAAACUCCAAAACAACUGGACUCAGGAAGGACACACACAACAACACACCUAAAGCAACCACAUAGACAUAUAUAUAUAUAUAUACACUGUAUAAAUAUAUAUAUAUAUAUACAUAUAUAACAACCCUGAAGCCAUAGAAACAUUCUUCUAUCUUCACUAAACACUGAGACCUCCUGCUGGGACACAAAGCUUCCUUCAUGAAGCUCCUCCAGCAGCUGGACACCUCUGGUUCCUGACGUGCCUUUGGUGAACUCAAACAUCACGUUUAUUAACGAGGACGGUAAAAACCCAGAAGACUAGUGAGCCGUUACUCUCUCAGGGUGGUGAGCUGCCGUAAAGCUUCACAAACACACAGAAACACACUCGACCUCCACUCAAGCUGAGGCUCAGACAUACUACAUCCUGUCACUGCUCCAGUCCUCCAGGUCUGGACCUGAACUAAAGGACUCCUUAAUACGACCGUAGAUCCACUAAAUCUCUUCACACCUUCGUUCACCUUUUAACCCUUAGUCCAGGACCACCACAGGGACCUUUUAACCCUUAGUCCAGGACCACCACAGGGACCUUUUAACCCUUAGUCCAGGACCACCACAGGGACCUUCUAACCCUUAGUCCAGGACCACCACAGGGACCUUCUAACCCUUAGUCUAGGACCACCACAGGGACCUUUUAACCCUUAGUCCAGGACCACCACAGGGACCUUUUAACCCCUAGUCCAGGACCACCACAGGGACCUUUUAACCCUUAGUCCAGGACCACCACAAGAACCUUUUAACCCUUAGUCUAGGACCACCACAGGGACCUUUUAACCCCUAGUCCAGGACCACCACAGGGACCUUUUAACCCUUAGUCUAGGACCACCACAGGGACCUUUUAACCCUUAGUCUAGGACCACCACAGGGACUUUUAACCCUUAGUCCAGGACCACCACAGGAACCUUUUAACCCUUAGUCCAGGACCACCACAGGAACCUUUUAACCCUUAGUCCAGGACCACCACAGGAACCUUUUAACCCUUAGUCCAGGACCACCACAGGGACUUUUAACCUUUA